AUGCUUUCUCGAAAGGAACUCAACAUUCUGCUGGUCGAUAUCACGGUCUUGCUUGAUAUCUUGGGGUAUUCCAUCGUUUUACCGAUAAUGGCGUCUCUCUCGGAAUCUCUGGGUGGAACGGUUGACCACACAACGUACUUGUUCUCCUGCUAUGCUGUAACUCAACUUGUGAGUCGUCUUUCUUGUUUCUCUUCAUUCUAG